UUCCGCAAUACUGUGUCGUUGAGUUGCAACAUUUGCGUAAUUGUUACAUUCGCCAUCAAUGUUUACAGUUAGUCGGGAGAUUGUUUUGUAAUCACGAAAAUGUGCUAAACGACUCUCGCACCGGAGUUCAUGCAUAAUUCAUGAGCGACUGCUGACACAGGCGUCUUACAAAAGUUGAGUUUACAAACUUUGGGACGGGAGCGGAGUCCGGGCAGCAACAAGAUCUAACGAAACUGGCUAAGGCAACGGGAAAGUAGCCGACAUUUGAAAUAUAUUUUCUCAUGAAGGGAUAUAGUUUAGUGUUUUCUAUCUAACACGAGUUUGACGGCAGAAAGUUUAGAACUAUUUUUGUCCACACAGAGGGGGGUUCAUGAAAGUUUCCUGAGAGAAGCCUAUUUCAGAGGGCUCAACGUUUGAUCUCUCUUCGCCUCGAUUUUUCCCCCCGUUUUUAUAUUUUCUGUAUUACUCUGUAACCUUGCCACUAAGCCAAAAUGAGCAACACACUGCAGCCAAUGCCAGGACAACAAGUUAUCCAUGUCGCGCAGGACUCUGAUACGGAUCUUGAAGCGCUUUUUAAUUCGGUUAUGAACCCGAAACCCAGUUCAUGGAGGACAAAACUUCUACCCGAGUCUUUUUUCAAGGAGCCAGAUUCAGGAUCCCACUCAAGACAGUCGAGCACCGAUUCGGGCAGCCACCCGCCCAGGCUUACGGUGCAACACGUACGAUCACAUUCCUCACCCGCGUCCUUACAGCUUGGAUUGGGAGCCAACCCAACUCCAAGCCCGGUACACCACUCUCAUAUCCGGCACCAGUCUUUCGAUGUUGCCGAAGAGUUACCUCUGCCCCCUGGAUGGGAGAUGGCCUACACGUCCAAUGGACAGAAGUACUUUCUCAAUCAUGUGGAGAAGAUCACCACUUGGCACGACCCUCGUAAGACCAUGACAGCCGCCAUGAACCAAAUGAGCCUUCAUGCUCCGCCGCCAUCUGCCAGCCAGCAGCAACGCAACAUGGCCUUGUCCCAGCCCAACCUAGGACAGCUUCCUGAUGGCUGGGAGCAGGCUGAAAACACUCAGGGAGAAACCUACUUCAUUGACCACAAAACACAGCGAACGUCCUGGCUCGACCCGCGCGUGGAUGCUCGGCUCAUCAUGUCACAACACCAUCACCAGCACCUCCAGCAGCAGGCCUUGCAGCCCCAACAGGCCCAGGGCUCGCCUGGGUCCCUCCCCCAGCAGCAGAGCUCCCAGGCUGGGAUGAUGAACCUGUCCAGUCCCCUGGCCACGGGGGUCAGUGCCCAGCAGCAGCAGCAGCAGCAGCAGCACCAGCAGAAGAUGAGACUGCAGCGCAUCCAGCUGGAGAGAGAGAGGAUCCAGCGACGGCAGGAGGAGCUGAUAAGACAGGAGGUGGCGCUGUGUAGACAGCUCCCCAUGGACUCAGAGAGCAUGGCCCCGGUGCCGGCCCCUGGAGGCAACCCUUCCCAGCCUAUGACCCAGGGCAACAUGCCCACUAACGGAUCGGACCCCUUCCUCAACAGUGGUCACUUCCAGCACUCUCGGGAGCAGAGCACAGACAGUGGCUUGGGCCUGGGCUGUUACAGCAUCCCCACCACCCCGGAGGACUUCCUCAACAACAUGGAGGAGAUGGACACAGGUGAAAGCAUGGCCCAGGUCGGCAGUAUGAAUGUGCCCCAGCACAGCCGCUUCCCUGACUUCCUGGACUCCCUGCCAGGCACUAACGUUGAUCUGGGGACCCUGGAGGGAGCGGAUCUCAUCCCCAUACUCAAUGAUGUAGAGUCAGUCCUCAACAAGAGCGAGCCAUUCCUCACCUGGCUGUAGACACACAUUCAAACACCGUUUCUACAAGAUAUAUUUACUAUAAACACCUAUAGACACACACACACACACACACAGACACUUCCAAACAGUCAACAAACACAACAAAAUAUCCACUCCACGAUUCUAAAGACUCUUAACAUCUGCGUGUAGCUCCGUAUUCAAAUCAGCAUGAUCUCUCUAGUGCUUGUCUGUCUGUCCCCACAUGGUCUGCCGGAAUGCGUACCGAUCUGAGUUCAGUUCAGAUCAAAACAUAUAAAGAGAAUUAACCAAAGCCUUGAGAGAACAAAAAAAUGUAUCAGAACAAAACAUAGCAUGUAUUAAAGUGUACUUCCCUGUCGGAGUGAAUACUGUAUAGCGAACAGUUUGUAGUUUUGGUUUUGUAUGUUCUGUUAGUCUUCUUCUGAGCAACCACACUGGUUAUAAAAUCACAAUUGAUCAGAUUAAGUAGAUUUUUCCAGCAUUCCUUUCUCACUUGGGAUGAAUUUCUAUGUGGAACAAAUACUUGUUGGGGUAAAAAACUGUAUCUAAUGGUGGUGUUUUUGCCAUGACUGUCAAAAUGUUUGCAGCGAGGCUUCAUCACAGAUAGGUGGAGCUGUUGCUUGAGCCACUUUAGUUCUGACAUACACCUUUACUGGCUACAGAGCUGCCUGGCCAUCUGGGGAUUGUAUAGAGUGGACAGCUGGCCGCGACAGCACUGAAAACCUUCUCUAAUGAUCUGUCACCAACAGUUACCUACCUGUCAUUUUGGGUUCAAAUGAAAACUACACCAGAUUUUUCCUGUUGCUUCUUUUCACUUAAACCACGGCCUUGGAGUCACCUCAUUAGCAUUAGCAGCCAUAAGAACAAAGUGUUGUAUACCGAAUGUUUCCUAUUCACUACAGUGACACUAUGAAAGCUUUAAAACUUUGCAAUUGUACUCUGUUAGAUUUUUUUUUUUAAUGAAAACCAUGUGUUUAAUUUUUGUCAUUUUAAUAAUUGUACUCAAGCUGAUUCCAUUGUAGCUAUUAGAACACUAAAAGCUCAUGCCUCAGUAAUGCAAUGAUAUGCAUACGUAGAACUGUGUUUUAUACCAUGUACUUUUUAUAUAUCGUGCUACAGUAUUCUUUUUUCUAUACUGUUGAAUAGCCUAGAUGGGUUCUUUGCAUCUGGUGCCGUUGUAGGACUUAUAAUAUAGAGUUUGCAUUUUUAGUAUUUAUCAUGAGCUAUGAUUAUUUUAUUUUUUAGAUCUAUUUGUUCUUUUUUUAUGAAAUUGAGAUUUCAAAGCACUACAAAUCAGCAAGGGAUUCAAAGAUCUGAUCAUGAAGUGAAUGUUGAAGUUAGAUGAUCACCAGAAGCUCCCACUAGAUGUUUUGGUUCAAUGUGCGUUGAGGCUUUUAUAAUCCUUCAUAAACAACCUCUGUACUUGGUUCUCAGUCGAUCUUUGGGCUUGCAAAGUAAAUCCUGUUUCAAAAUCCCAGUGGACAACAUUUCUUUUCUAACAUCUGUUCUUUCGGGAAAUAUGCAACAAUAAUAUUUUAUGUAGCCUGAAAUAAUUUUACCUAAACAUUGAAAUUACUGAAUUGUCAGAUGGGAUUGGCACAGGCUUGGCAUUGUGAUCUCUCUUUAACAUGCCUUCCCCUUAACGUAAUCCAUUCUGAUAUUUUGUCCUACGUUUGUGUCUGUUUCUUUAUUUGCAUGUCGUUAUCCCUAGUGUUGGAGGCUUAUAGACUGGCCUUUUAUCAAGACUCUACUUUUUCUGGUUGUGGUGUAAAAAGCUAGGACUACAAAGGCGUGGAAGUGAUCGAUCCUGGGAAAGGAGUGGCAGAAGAAUUUCUAAGGGGGAGGGAGGGUGUUGCGUUUAGGGAGGGAGAGAUAAGGGUACAGGGGGGCGUUCCAAGCGGUGCUCGGGGAACCCAAAUGUCAACGUGAAGAUGCACCAACAAUGCCGGUCUCUUUGGAGAGGUGUGGGUUGUGGGAGAAGGUCUCGGAAAGGGCGAGCAGUGUGCUAACUUCUGCCCAUGGCCAAGCUUAUAAAAAGAAGCACUCCAGCGAGAGGCGAUGAGGGCCAUUGAGAAUCAGACUGGGUGACAGUAUGAGACAGCCACCUAUCCUGGUGUCUGUGUGUCAGGGAGGUUUCCUGUCUCUGCUCUACUGACACAAGCCAGAGAGGCGGGGCUGUGCACCGUAACUGGGGACACAUUUCAAGGGUGUACCAGGUAAAAGUUAGAGAGAAUGGAUAGUAACGUUUGUGUCAGAAUGAUUGUCUUUGCCAACAUGUAUCAGGAGACCCUGAUAGAGUUGGAUCCUUGGACACACAGACAUAGCAUGAUGAACAGAGGUUAUAUAAAACCAUAAAGAGGUUGCGGAAAUGGCUUGAUGUGGAGCAUGUACAGUAUGACUAGAGGUGUAUAGAUUGGCAUGAAAUGAACAGGAUAAUGCUAGCAAUUUAUAGUGCAGUAUAGCGCUGUGUCUAAACUACAGCUGCAUGGCGGGAAUGGAAGGAAGGAGGUGUGUUGUCAGUAGUUUCAGGGUUCUUAGGAUGUUCGAGGCAUGCUAAUUGGUUGUGGAAAUCAUACACUAACACAAUUGCCGAAUACAUUAUCAUGGCAGUGUGUGGAGUUAUUUUUGACAUAAUGUAACCUCAACAAGGAGUCUCUGAAAACGACAAUUGAAAGUCGUGUGAAAUGUUAAAAAAAAUAUAUAAUAAAAAAAUAUGGAGUCAGAA